AUGUUUCAUAUUAUUGGAACAGAUUUACAUAAUUAUUUACCUUCAAGUUUUAAAUUUAUAAUAUGUAACUAUACAGAAGCCGGUCAUGGCAAAGGAGCGCUUGAUGGCAUUGGAGACACUGUGAAGAGAACGGCUGAUAAAAUAAUUUCUACGAACAAAGAUAUUCCACAUGUGAAAGCUUUUAUGGAGUUAGUGCCGACCGAGAUUGAAGAAUAUAACAUUCCCAACAACAUUCCAACAUAUAAGGGCACUUUGAAAGUUCGACAAGUUAUCCGUAAUCUGGCUGAACCUAACAUGCUCCACUUUAGGAAUGUAAGUUGCUACAAAUGCAAUCUAGGUAAUAGAUGCUUGAAUUACCAAUUGCCAUCCUACCAUUUAAAAGACUUGACAGAAGAACAAGGCGACUGUAUCCUUUAA